AUGCGGUACCAGAUCACCUCUGGGAACCACAUGGGCGCCUUCCACGUGGAGCCCGAGGUCGGCGCCGUCUUCAUGGGCCGGCCGCUGGACUACGAGACGGAGCGGCGCUACGAGCUCCGCCUGGUGGCCUCCGACGGGAAGUGGGAGAACGAGACGCUGGUGACGGUGCAGGUGGGGAACCGCAACGACGAGGCGCCCGUCUUCAGCCGGACGGAGUACCGCGCCGCCGUGAGCGAGGAGCUCAGCCAGCUGCCCGUGGAGGUGCUGGAGGUGUCGGCUGUGGAUCCGGACCAAGAGGCCGACCAGACCGCCCUGCGCUACUCCCUCCAUGGCCAGGGCGCCGGCGGUGAGUUCACUAUUGACGAGCGCACUGGAAGAAUCUUCGCUCAGCGGCGGCUGGACCGCGAGGAGCGCCCGGCCUGGAGGUUCCUCGUCCUCGCCACGGACGAAGGAGGGUCGGGACUCACGGGGUUCGCCGACGUGCUGUUGGAGGUCACGGACGUCAACGACAACGCGCCCUUCUUCCCGUGCCCGGCGCUGGAGGCGGACGGGUGUUUUGUUGGCCGGGUGGCCGAGAACUCGCCCGCCGGCACAUCCGUCAUGGAGAUGCGCGCCGUGGACCUGGACAUCCCCAACGAGGGCGAGGACGCCGCACUGACCUACAGCAUCAUCAAGAACGUCCGCAACGAGAUCAACCUCGACCUGUUCUCCAUCAACGCCAGCACGGGCACCAUCCAGACGGUGCUGCGGUCGCUGGACAGGGAGGCGGAGGAGCGGUAUCUGGUCGUGGUGGAGGCUCGGGAUGCAGGCGGUCUGACGGGGACGGGGACGGCCACCAUCACGGUUUCAGACGUCAAUGAUCACCCACCAGUCUUCACCCAGAGGCUCUACAGCGCUCAGGUGAGACGACCAACCGUCGAACCUGGAACUGUAAACAAUGAGUCAAUGUGUUGA